AUUUUAUCAGACCAAAUUGUGUUUACGAAACUGAAAUGAAAUCGAUUGGUCUCAGACGAUUUACCGAAAGAGGUUAUUUUUCCUCUAAAUGAUUGUUGUUAUAAGUGAAUGUUUACUGGGCUUGAUUGACUAAUAUUUACUGCCAUAGAGUCUCUAUAAAUAAAGCUGUUUUUAUUUGUUGAUUUUGUUUCCAAGUUAACAUGAUUUUGGACUGUGCUAAUAAAUUACAAGGAAUCGAAAAGGAUUAUUACAUUUUCAUGUGUUCUGCAAAACUAGUUCCUGUCCAUGAAUUGUAAAUGUGAAUAAAAAUUAUAUUAAAUGGCUUUUACAGAAAAUGAAGUGGCAAAUAUUUUGCUGGUAUAUUUCUAAUUUAUAAAGUCGGACGAAUCUACGAUUUUUUUAAUCUCUGGAUACCCACAAGAAACAUGAGUUGGGGAACCGAACUAUGGGACCAGUAUGAUCAUUUAGCGUCUCACUCAUUGAAAGGUAUAGAGUUCCUGGAAAAAUACAGUCAGUUCGUUAAAGAUAGAUGUGCCAUUGAAAAUGAAUAUGCAAACAAACUUAGGAAACUUACAAAAAAUUAUCACAUUAAAAAGAAAGCAGAUGACGACCUACAGUUCUCUACAUGUAGGGCCUUUGUCCUUAUGAUGAAUGAAAUAAAUGACAUGGCUGGUCAGCAUGAACUUAUUUCAGAGAAUUUAAAUUUAAGGAUAGUCAAAGAAAUUAGUUCAUUUUCUAAAGAACUUAAAGAUGAACGAAAACAGCAUUUACAAGAAGGUGCAAAAUUACAGUCAAAUAUUCAAGCAUCUUUAAAUCAAUUGGAAAAGUCUAAAAAAUGUUAUGAAAAAUCUUUUAAAGAAUCAGAAAAAGCCAAUGAAAAUUAUCAAAAAGCUCUAGCAGAUCUUCAUCUAUCAAGGAUAGAAUUGGAAAAAGCAAGGUUAAAUAGCAUUUCAAAACAACAAAGUGCAGAAGAUUCUAAACAAGACUAUUCUAAUCAACUACAAAAGUCAAAUGAAGCACAAAAACAACAUUAUUUUGAAUUAAUGCCAAAAGUAUUUCAAGAUCUUCAAGACAUGGAGGAGAAGAGAAUAUUGUAUUUUCAAACACUGAUGAAAAAUACAACAGAUGUACAAAGACAAGUUUUACCUUUCAUCAGUAAAUGUUUAGAUGAAACAGACAUGGCUGCUGAUUCCAUAGAUCCCAAAUCUGAUUCUAAUAUUGUAAUUGGCAAGUUAAAGUCAGGCUAUCAACCUCCUGGUGAUAUUCCAUUUGAGGAAUUGAUUCCCAAUACCAAAAUUGCUGAUGCUACUGACUCACCACCAGUUUUAUUAGGAAAAAGUGAAACUUUGAAAGGUACAAUUUCACUGCAAAAGAUGAAGAAGAGAGGUGGAUUAUUUUCCAUAUUUAGUGCACCAAAGACUAUAACUGAUGAAUUAAAGGAUGAUUACAGUGACUUACCACCAAAUCAAAGGAAGAAAAAACUGAACCAAAAAAUUGAAUCUAUAUCUUCGCAAAUAGCACAAGAAACUGCCACUAAAGAUGGUCUUCUUAAAAUGAAAGCAGCAUACGAACAAAACAAUGCCCUUGGAGAUCCAGUAAGCAUUGAGCAACAAAUGCCAGACAUUAUUAAUAGGAUUGAAAAGUUGCAAGCACAGUUACAUAAAUAUCAGGGUUUUUUAGCUGAUGCAGAAGGUAAAUCUGUUACUCCAGAAACACACAUGAAAAAUGGAAACAAUGCAUCUGAAACAAAUUUAUCAAGAAGCACAUCUAACUCUAGUGUUAACAAAGUAGUUAAAUCUGUAGCCCCUGCCAUUCCACUUCCUAGAGAAACUGCAUCUGGUGCCAAUGGAAAUGCUGUCAAUGAAUCAGGUGAAUCAGAAUAUGAUAAUGCUGGUGUAACUGAAUUUGAAGCUGAACCUUUACCUGCUUUGGGUACUGCUCGUGCAUUGUACCCUUUUGAUGCACAAAGUGAAGGUUCUAUUCCCAUGGAAGAGAAAGAGGAAUUUGAAGUUGUUGAACUAGAUCAAGGAGAUGGCUGGACCAGAGUUAGAAGAUCGAACAUGGAAGAAGGUUUUGUUCCAACGUCAUACAUAGAAUGCUUCUUAUAUAACAGCUGUUAACAACGUCUAUCUUGAAACUGUAUCAGAAGAGUGAGAUCUUUAUCAUCGAUAUGUAGGCAGAAAAACUC